AUGCAUGGAGCCUUCUGGAAGGCCGCCAAUAACACCGGCUUGGACACAUGGCUGCUGCUCAAGACACAUGAGGUCAUCAGCAGUGCCCACAAGAUCUGGGAGAAGCUGGACCUUGUUGUCCUCAAGUGUGUCCACAAGAAUGCCCUCCAGGACAAGGAGGAGAGCAAGACCGCAGUGCUCUGCAGGAUCAGCCAUGCCAAUAUUGUGGCUCUGGAGGACAUCCAUGAAAGCCCUUCCUACCUCUACCUGGUGACGGGGAGCGAGCUGUUUGACUACAUCAUGGAGCGUGGCUCCUACUCAGAGAAGCAUGCCAGCCACCUGGUGGGCCAGGUCCUUGGCACUGUCUCCUACCUGCACAGCCUGGGCCUCGUACACCAGGACCUCAAGCCUGAAAACCUCCUCUAUGCUAUGCCCUUUGAAGACUCCAAGAUCAUGGUCUCUGACUUUGGUCUCUCCAAAGUCCAGGCCAGCAACAUGCUAGGCACCACCUGAGGACCCCAGGAUAUGUGGGGAAGUGAAGGAGUGCACCCUGAAGCUUUCUGGAAGGCCGUAGAUGUGUGCGCCCUGGGUGCCAUCUGCCGCAUCCUGCUGUGUGGGUACCGCUUCUAUGACGAGAGCGACCCUGAACUCUUCAGACAGAUACUGAGGGCCAGCUAUGUGGUGGACUCUCCCUUUUGGGAUGACAUUUCAGGGGCAGACUGACCCGGCCUCCCCGACUUUGUCCGGCACCUACUGGAUCGAAGUCCCAAGAGGAGGUUCACCCGCCAGCAGGCCUCUCAGCAUCUUUGGGUCUCUGGGGACGUGGCCUUUGACAAGGGUGUCCUGGGCUCAGUCAAUGAGCAGACUGAGAAGAGUUUUGUGGACCACUGGAAGCGAGCGUUCAACGCCACCUUGUUCCUGUGCCACAUCCGUCAGCUGGGGCAGAGCCAAGAGGGCGAGGAGGCCUCCAAGCAGGGCGUGGCUCGCCACAGUCACGCAGGCCUCUGGGCUGGCCAGCCCCUCAGUGGUGACGCCCAGGCAGAUGCUGAGGCCAAGUGGACGGAUCCCCAGAUUUCCUGCCCUUGGGCGCUUUUGGUCCCCUUCCCCCAGCUCCCAUACCCCGGGGCUGGUGUCUGCUGGAGAGGGCAGGGGCUCCCCUCCUCUGUCGCCGUACCCCCUCUAGAAGCCUAUGAGGCAUUGGCAGCCCAACCAGGGAGCGUGGUGAAGACCCCUCUCCUUGUCAAACUGCGAGACCCAAAGGGAAGUGAUGAGGCCCAAACCGAAGCUGGCCUGGACCUUGGGGCGGAGGCUGGACUGGGAUUUGGGGUUGGAGCCAGGAGCCCAGCUUCCCCCAAGGACAGCAGCAAGGGUGCCCCUCCUCUGGAAAGUCAGCGCCACCGAGCAGGCAGGCCUCUGUGUCCGGCCCGCUGCUGCGUCCUCAUCCUAGCACAGGGCGUGGCACGGGCCAGGGGGCUCAAAUGGAUUGUGAAUGACCCGGUGGCUCAGAGCGCUGCCCAGCAAGAAGCCACACAGACAGGGCUGUCCCCAUGGAUGCCAGGCGGCCAUUGCACCUCUGGGCCCACAUCCCCCGGGAGGCCCCCAGCCCUGACAGGCCCAAGCCGUCGGCAGAGAAACAGAGAGGUGACUACCCUGAUGAUGGUGGCAAACCCCUCCCCACAAGCGGCCAUUUGGGGACAGGAAAGGGACUGGGAGCUGGUCCCUGCGGCAAAUGAGGUGGCACACACCCUUCCUGAAGGGGGAAACCGCAGGGCCCAGGGCCCAGCUGAGCUGGCCGAGCACCCAGGGCCCGGGCCCGGGGAACAGAAAGCCACCUGGAAUGGUCUCUCAGAUAGGGAACCCCCCCCACCCCCCCAAAGAGAAAAGUAA